GGUCCCAGCACCUGAAGCUGCAGACGGUCUUCGAGGACAACCGGCGCUCGCUCGGCGAGGAGCAGCGGUACUUCGUGGCGAACGAAUGGAAUGCGACCAAGAGGUACACCCGCCUGAAGUGCGGCUCUGGGGGCGCAGGGCGCAGCAGCGUAUUCACCCUUGAGUACGACGUGUUGUGCCCAGCCGAGAUGCCUCACUCAUGGGGUUUGCUGCUCAUCUCGCGGACCUUGCGAAUGUGGUACACUUCCAUGGUGGCUUGUGUCAUACACAUCGUGGACCCCCGCGAGGUGCCGUUCGCGACGCACGAGAUGAUCACGGCCAACACGGCGGAAGUGGCCGUUAGAGAAGAAGAUAUUGGUUUGUGCCGCGAGUGCUGCCCGAUCUGCUUCGAGUGCUUCCGGCCCGGCGAGACCGUGCGGCGCCUGCCUUGCAUGCACCUCUUCCACGUGGUCGGCUCGGACGCGCCGGCUGCCGGCGCGGACCCGCCGGCGCCGCCGGCGAAGCGCCUGCGGGCUCGCCCGAAGUACCCGCCGCGGGGGAACCGGUUCGAGGGCCGGGUGGUGCUGGGCGCGGCCGUGGCGCUGGUGGACGUGGCCGCCGAGGGGCUGCGCGAGGACCUCCGCGGCGCCUACGGGGUGCCCGUGCGGGCGUUCACCGUGGACGUCACCAAGGAGGACCAGGUGCGUAGCAUGGUGCAGGAGGCGCGGCGAGAGUUCGGCAGGAUAGACGGUCUUUUUAACAACGCUGGUUACCAGGGCGACUUCGCCCCUGUGGACCAGUAUUCCGCGGACGACUUCGACAAGGUGAUGAGAAUCAACGUGACAGGCGUCUUCGCCGUCCUGAAGCACGUCUCCCAGGUCAUGAUCGAGCAGGGGCGCGGGGCCAUCGUGAACACCGCCUCGUGCGCGGGCCUGGGCUGCCCGACCUCCAUGCCGGCAUACGGCUCCAGCAAGGCCGCGGUGCUGCACCUCACCAAGAUCGCCGCGGCGGACCUGGCGCGCACCGCCCACCAAACCACCCACCGCCCAACCCGAAGGCCCCGUUUGCCCUCCAAUUCCAGAGGGGGCGGGGGUCGGGGAACAUUGAAAAACACAUCUGAAGCCCGCCCCUCCCUCCAACCCGAAACUCGGGCGGGUCUUCGGGUUGGGUUGGGGUGGUCUGGUAGGUAG